AUGUCAACAACAGGUCUUGCCCGAAAUUGUUCCAUUUGUUUGGAGGAAGAGGACGAAUUCAUAGACGCUACUCAUUGUUGCUCAUCAUGUUUAUUCCCAAAAGAACAAGAUAUUAAAACUUCACAAAAUCCAUAUUUUUGUCCUCUUCAUGCCAAACGUCAUUCAAAAAACAAUCAUGGACAUUCGGUUGUGAAUAUUGCCACACCUUCCCGAAAUUCAACACCACAAACACCUUCCGAUCCUAUUCAAGUGACCAUCACAACAAAUUCUCAUAUUUUGCCAAAUUUGGUAAACAAUGAAAAUUCUUCUCCAACACUCUCAGCAUCAAGCUCUUCUCAAAACAAUAAUAUCAACUCUCCAAUUCUAUCCACUAGCACUAGUGGUAGCUUUUCAUUCAGUAACAAUGGCCAUGUCACUAAUCAUUCUCCAACUGCUGUCAAUUCCAUAUUUGGAGUACCCACUUGUUCUCUUCAUCAAUGCCCAAUUAAUGUGUAUUGUCGAAAUUGUGAAAAAUUAAUCUGUGCUGCAUGUGCCCUCGAUAAACCUCAUCGAGGUCAUUCCUCUGAUUUAUUAUCCACCAUUGAAAAAGAAGAAAAAGAAAAAUUUAAAAUUCAACUCUCCUCAUUGAAAGAAUCCAUAAAAAGUUGGGAACAAGUCUUCUCUGCAAAAGAUGAAGAUUUACGAAAAGAGUUAAAAUGCAUUGAAAUGAAGAAAAUUGAACUCAAAGAUGAGCUCGAUCAAAUUUUUGAAAUUUUACGAGAUGUUCUGAAACAGCGACAAGAAGAAUUGCAUUCGAAUAUUGACAAGUUGUGUGAAAAAAAUUGUAAACUCAUUGAGAAAAUAUUUGAAAUGAAGGAUGAAACAAACGAGACGUUGGCCUAUUUCCAUAAUGUGGACGAAAUGAAUGGAUAUGAAUUUAUGGAAAAACGAAUGAACCAAUUUAAAAAGGCCAUGUAUUCAUUUGAACAUUUGAAAUCUCAAUUUGAAUCGAUUGGAAAAUUAGAACAAUUACAUGACAUGAAAUUGGUGAACAUUUCAAGUCCAAUAGAGGCGAUUAAUAAUCAAAUUCAGAAUAUGGGAGAUGUGUUAAUGUUUGAAUAUACACCAAUUGAUCCUCAAUCAUGUAAGAUUUUGGAAAUGCAAAAGAUUCAAAACCAAAUUUGGAAAUGUAAACAAGUGUUAAGUUUCACACUUGUACUACGAGCGAAGGACAAUGAAAAACAUACUGAAAAUAAGAAACUCGAAGGAAGCUACUCAUUAAUUCCUUUGAUUAAUUGCUUCAUAGAGACGCAAGAUGGAAUGGUACUCUCUCGAUGUUCCUCCAUUAAGGAAAAGAACCCUGAAGAAUUUGACAACAAAGAAUUCCAAAUCGAAAUUCAAAUUCCUGAAUUUAGAGAUUUGACCCAUCUAAGACUUGUAGUGAUGAUUGAUCGAAAACGAACGAGAAACAAACAACUCUGUCAACAUAUAUUCCAAUCUCCAUUUAAUUUAAGGGUCAGCAAAGACGAUGGACCCAAACAUGCCACUGUUUUAUCAGAUCAUCAUUACAUUCAAACCAUUGGAUCUUUUCAAAUACCAUCCUCGAAAGAAGGUCUUUUUAACAUGCCCAACGAUGUGAAAAUAUCAUUGAAACGUGGUCUAAUUUUUGUGACAGAUUACAUGAAUAAGAGAAUUCAAGCAUUUAAUACCAAUACGAAAACAUUUAAAUUUAAAAUUAACACCAAUGAUCGACCAAAACAUUUGGCAAUCGAUUCCGUCGAUGAUUCUGUCGUUGUGAGUUGUGACGACCAUUGCAUUUACAAGUACAGUAUUGAGAGUAAGAAAUUGAUAUGGAAAUUGGGAACCUCAAAACAAGCAGGAUCGAGUGCACAACAAUUUAACUCACCGUAUGGUCUAGUAGUAGAUGAGAUGGAUGGAAAUGUAUUUAUUUGUGAUUGUUUGAAUCAUCGAAUUCAAGUCUAUUCAAGAGAAGGAAAGUUCUUGUACAUGUUUGGAAACAAUGGAGCUCAAAAUGUGCAAUUUAAUGGACCUUUCGCGAUUGAUAUUAAUAAUAUGGGACGAUUGGUCAUUGCUGAUUAUUGGAAUCAACGAAUUGUGGUGGUAUCUAAAAAGGGAGAUUGCUGUUUCCAUGUGUUUGGUGGUGGUGGUGGAUGGCAGAGUGGAAAUGUUGAAUUAGGCCACCCCAUUGGAGUAGUUGUGGAUAAAAGAAAUGGAAAUAUGAUGGUCUGUGACGAAGAAAAUUUGAGAGUUCAGUAUUUUAGUCCACAAGGAGAAUAUUUGAGAACGUUUCAGCCAACAAGUGAGGAGCAAGGAUUUGGAAAGCCCUUUAGAAUGUGUUUCAAUUCGCUCACUGGAGAGGUAUUUAUUGUUGAUUGCUCACAGCAUCGAAUUCAAGUGUAUAAAUAA